CCGAGCCACCGCCCGCAGCCCCCUCCCCUCGCCCGCCCGCCGCGCGCGGCAGCCCCGGCGCUGCCGCCCGGCCCCACCCCAGGCGACCCAGCGUGGAGAGGCGGGCGGCCGGAGCCCGAGGUGCGGGAUGGACAAGAGGGACAAGGGCAGGGCAGGGGCCGCCACGCGGACGACGGCUUCUCGCCCUCCCAGCCUUCCCACUCCCAGGGCCCCAGGGUCUCCUCGACCCCCUCCCCCAGUAACCAGCGCGGCCCUCCGCGUCCUGGGAGCAGCGGGAGCUGCUGGGCGAGGGCCCCUGGCCGAGCGAGCUGGGGGUAUCCGGGCAGCCGCUCUCCCGGAGGCUGGACCCCGGGUGGGACCAACGCAGAGCGCUGGGACAGGCCUCCGGAGUCCAGCCUCCAGGCCCCCAGCUGCUGGGAGAGGGGAGCGGGCCCCUGCUAAGACCCCAGGCCCAGGCUCUAUCACUAGCCCGGGACGUGCCAGCGGGACCACCAGGCCAGGCUCUCUUGCGCAGAAGGGGCUUCGGCCCCCAGCUGAGGAACCCGUGACCAGAGGAAAAGCCCCAGAAACCCCCAGAAGGAGCGCGCUGAGCGCCGGGGCACGGAGAGACUCUUCUGGGCCCUCCCCAGGCGCCCCUUCCCCAGCCACCUCCCGUCGGUCCCGGGCUGCAGGCGCUGAAGUCGGUCUCCCUCGGGCAGCUCCGAGUGCCCGGCCGCGGCCUCCGACCGAGGCCCCCAGGAAAUCAGUGAGCAGUGCUCCGCAGCACGGUACCGCAGAGCCGAGCCCCGCCGCCAGGAGGCGACCCACUGCUGGUGGAGGCCUCCAGAAGCCAGCCUCGCGCCCCUUGGGCUCCAGCGCCACUCCUCUGUCCUCCCCCGCCCGCCCCGGGGCCUCGCCGGGUGGAACACCUCGGGCUCUGGGGCCUCCCUCGCAGCCCAAGUCGAAAGGGCUGCAGGCUCUGCGCACCCCCCAGUCCACACCCCCAAGGAAGGGAGCAACUCCCGUGGUGGGUCUUUCUCCUCCUUUAGCCACGCCCUCUCAGCCGGGUUCGAAGGCACAGCUGGCACCGCCUCCGCACAUCACAGGCACUUCUCUGCCUGACACGCUCCCUCCCUCUCCACCGACCACGCCCCCUUCCCAGUCCGCAACCGGCCCUUUGGCCACACCCCUUUCACUAGCCCCUCCUCCCUCUGCUCCACUCCCUCAGCAGACCCUUCCCUCUCCGCCGGCUACUCCCCCUUUGCAAGCCCCACCCACACACCUGGGUACCUCCUUUUUGGAGGCAUCCGCUUCUCCCACAACCACUUUUCUGGCUUCAUUCUCUCCAUCAUUGUCACCCCCUCCGCAGAUUAUGCCCCCAAGCCAGGCUUCUCCAGCUUUGACCCCUCUUCUGACUCCCCCCUCUCCCUUAGCCACACCUCCUUUGUUGGCUCCUGGACCACCAGCCACGGCCCCUCUGCCAGCCUCUUUUACUCAAGCGACAUCUCUGCUGAACCCGCCCUCUCCCGAAGCCACACCCCCUCUGCAGGGCCUUUCCACUUUGACUACCACCCCUCCACUGGCCCGUGCUUCCCUAUCUCCUCCCCCUCUUCAGGCCACGCCCUAUACAGUGACCACGCCUCCCACGCAGGACACAUCUCUGGCCACAUACCCUCCGCAAGUCUCUCCCUGUCCUCUGACCACCCUCUCUCUGCAGGGUCCUCCCCUGUGCUCUCCAUAUCCCUUGGCCUCACCAUCUCUGCAGGCUGCACCCUCUGUCCUGGCCAUGCCCCCUCCACAGACCCCACCUCCUCUGGCCACACCCCCUCUACAGGCCCCUCCCUCUCCGACCCGGCUCCCUAUACAGGCCCCACCUUCUCUGGCCUCACCGUCUCUGCAGGCCCCACCCUCUCCCGUAACCAUGCCUCCACAACAAACUCCAAUGUCUCUGGCCACACCCCCUCCGCGGGCCAUUCCCUCUCAGAGCGUGCUCCCUGUUCAGGCCCCACCACCUCUGCAAGCCCCACUCUCUCCUCCGGUUUUACCCCCUCUGCAUGACUCUUGCUCUCCCUUGGCCAUGCCCCGUCCCCAGGCUCCACCUUCCCUGGCUUUGCCUCCUCUUCAGGCUCCUCCCUCUCCCCCUGCCUCACCCCCUCCGCAGGCCCCUCCCUCUCCCCUGGCCGCACCCCCUCCGCGGGCCCCUCCCUCUCCCCUGGCCGCACCCUCUCCGCGGGCCCCUCCCCCUCCCCUGGCCACAUCCUCUCCGCAGGUUCCACCUUCCCUGGCCUUGCCUCUUCUGCAGACGUCUACGCUCCCUUUGCAGGCCCCUCCCUCUCCCUUGGCCACGCCUCCUCAGGCUCCACCUUCCCUGGCGUUGCCUCCUCUGCAGGCCUCCGCUCUCCCUUUGCGGGCCCCUCCCUCUCCCCUGGCCACGCCCCCUCAGGCUCCACCUUCCCUGGCCUUGCCCCCUCUGCAAGUCCCUCCCUCUCCCCCGGACUCACCCCCUCUGCAGGCCCCACGCCGCCCCCCGACCCCAGGUCCGGAUGCCCCGAUCCCGGGCCCCCGGCUGACCCUGGCGCUGGCCCCGGCUCCGCCGCCACCGCCCUCGCGCAGCCCGUCCAGUACGCUGAGCGGCCCGGAUCUGGCGGGCCACAGCAGCAGCGCCACCAGCACGCCGGAAGAGCUGCGCGGCUACGACAGUGGGCCCGAGGGCGGCGCCGCGGCCUCCCCGCCCGGCGACGCGGAGCUCGCCGCCUGCCACCCGGCCUCCUGGAGCCGAGGUCCCGCCCCGCCGCUGGCGGUCCGCAGCACCCCAGGAGCGUCCCUGCCUUGGCCUCCUACUGCCGGGUCGGGCUCCGCUGACGGCCUAUGCACCAUCUACGAGGCUGAGGGGCCCGAGUCGGCGAGCCCCGCCCCAGGCGCACUGGAUCCGGGCCCCGGCCCCGGCGCGGGUAGUGGGAAGGUGGUAGCUGGAGCAGGGGCGGCGGCGGCCUCGCGUGGCGCGAAGCCGGCGCGCCUGGGCGAGCUGCCGCUGGGGGCGCUGCAGGCGAGCGUCGUGCAGCACCUGCUGAGCCGGACGCUGCUGCUCGCUGCGGCCGAGGGUGCUGCGGGCGGCGGCGGCGGCGGCCCAGGGGGCGCGGGAGCUGGUGGCGUCGCGGGGGGCGCCCGGACUGCGCUCAGCGACGCCGAACUGGGCCGCUGGGCUGAGCUGUUGUCUCCUCUGGACGAGUCGCGCGCCAGCAUCACCUCGGUCACCAGCUUCUCCCCGGACGACGUGGCUUCCCCGCAGGGUGACUGGACGGUGGUGGAGGUGGAGACGUUCCACUGAGCCAGACCCUUAGCCCCGCGCACGACACCCCUUCCCUGCUUUAGGACCCGCCCCUCCGGUUAUGCCUCUCUUAGACUGCCCGCCUGCCCUCCUCCGGGAGUCUGGCUCCCGGUGGAUUGGACAUAGCCCCCGGAGGCCUAGAUUUGGGGCCAGGCUCGCGUCCCACCCACGCCUCUGGCCAAGGUCUUUCCCCUCGAGUUCUGCCCCCUUGGCCUGGACGCACUCCCGCUCCCCUCGAGCCCCGCCCCCUCCCUGGCCUAGGCCCCACCCCAUGUCCUGAGUGUUGUCUACCAUGUGUCGCCCGAGUUUGCA